AUGGAAGAGCCUGCAGCUCCCACAGAACCCCACGAGGCAGCCGGUGCCUCAACAGGUGCCCAGGGAGCAGGUGAGGGUGCCUCGGGGCCCGGCCACCCGACGCGCCCGGUUUCCCGGCAUUCUACGGCUGGAGGCCCGGCCCCCUUCCGCACGUCACGUCUCAGGCCUGCCUAUGCUUCCGGGGGCGGGGCCGGGCCCAGCUGGCUGCCGGGUCCGCGGCAGAGCGGCAGCUGGACAAAGCAAGUCGUCUGCAGGUAUUAUCUGCAUGGGCUGUGCAAGGAGGGGGAGAACUGUCGCUACUCCCACGACCUCUCGGGCCGGCAGGAGGCCAGGGAGGGCCGCGGGUCGCCGGCUGGGGCCUCCGCAGAGCCGGGCCCCGGCGCGGCUGCGCAAGACGAGCCCCUGCCUCAGGAAGUGGCGUGCGCCCCUCCUGCUGCGUCCUCACACUACUUGCCUGUGAUUGGCUCGGCUGCUGAAGGGGGCUUCUUUGAAGCCGAGACCUACGGUGCAGGCCUGGAAGCUGCGCAGGGAGCGGGUGCGGAAGGCUGGGCGGGCGCGGAAAGCUGGGCGGAUGCCGUUGAGUUUGUUCCUGGGCAACCCUACCGGGGCCGGGGGACCGUUUAUGCCCCCGAGGCCCCUCCUCAGAGCUCGGUGACUCAGUGGGAGUACGUUGCUGUGGGCACUGGGAUGCAGCUUUGCCGCGAUGCUGCCAUGGGGCAGUGCUUUCGUGGGGAGAGCUGUGCAUAUCUCCACGGAGAGAUAUGCGACUUUUGUGGGCGGCAGGUCUUGCACCCUGUGGAUGCUGACCAGCGGGCAGACCACAUAAGAGCCUGCAUUGAAAUGCACGAAAGAGAUAUGGAGCUCUCGUUUGCUGUGCAGCGCAGCAAGGACAAAGUGUGUGGCAUCUGCAUGGAGGUUAUCUAUGAGAAGGCCAACCCCAGUGACUGCCGCUUUGGCAUCCUGUCCAACUGCAACCACUCCUUCUGUCUUAAGUGCAUCCGCAGGUGGAGGACUGCCAGAGAGUUUAGGAACAGGCUUAUCAAAUCCUGCCCACAGUGCAGGGUCACCUCCAACAUUGUCGUUCCCAGUGAGUUCUGGGUGGAGGAGGAGGAAGAGAAGCAGAAACUUAUUCAGCAGUACAAGGAGACACUGAGCACCAAGACCUGCAGGUAUCAUAUUCCAGGCAGGGGUUGCUGCCCAUUUGGAGCGACCUGUCUUUACAAGCAUGCAGACCCUGAGGGCCAGGGAGAGGAGGAGGAGGAGGAGGAGGAGGAGGAGGAGCCUGAGAGGCAGGGGUCUGGGGCACCCGGCGGUCACGGCAGUCGACCUUCGGAGCCUGAGCAGGUGGGAGAGGGCAGCAUGCUCUUUAAAAGCAGUAAAAAAGAGCUUGUCACGCUUUGGCUGGCCAGUCUGUUGUUGUUUAAGUGUUUUCUUUCACUGGGAGAUAAUGAGCUUUUCUCAGAGACCCAGUGGGUCUUGCUCCGUGGGGGGCUGGGAAAAUAUACCCGCUUGAGUCUGUGGCAUUUCGCUGUGGCAUGUGGUGUAGUGUGCUGA